GGGAAAUGAGAAGAUUAACUAUGGAUAGGGGAUAUUGGAGGUGCGUGUCUAACCGUCUUCGGACUGAUGACCCUGUUACGAUGGGACGUAUACCAAUUGUGGCAUAUCGUAAAAUUAAUGUCAUCAUCAUAAGGUUGUCAGUCCUAAGACUGGUUGGACACGCACCUCCACUUUUUUCUAUCCUGUGCUAAUCUUCGCAUUUUCCUAAAACUAGAAUGUCCAAUAUCUUCAAUCAUUUGGGCACAGUAAUCUAACCUAGGUCUACCGAUAUUCAUUCAUGCAGAAAUAUAUGUUUAUAUGUGUUCGCUGUUUUUUUUUAUACAAAAUACAUUGCACUGCAUUUACAUCGGUCGUUAGAUCGCUGGGAUUUUAUGAUCACCUAAUUAUCCUUCCACUUCAGGGGUCGGUUAAUACGAUUGCUGCAGUUGGUAGUACCUGACGCACUUGGUAGUGUUUUAAGAAGGAUCGCCGCAGUUGGUAUAUUACCAGUAUGAUGACGGGAGCAACGCAAUGUAAUGAAAUAUAAAGUUGCAUUGAAUAUUAUAAAGAGUAAAAUAUUAUAUUUUACCUACCAAUUUAUUAAAAAAAUAUAUUAAAAUUUACACAUAUGUGACUUCGUGAUUUUCGGUGUGAAACUAAGUACUAACUUUAAAGGCCCGUAGUGCCACCUGCAGUAAGGUUAGCUUAGAUAAAAUGCUGGAUUAAUUUUUCUUUCGAUAUUUAUUUUAAUUUCCUCUUUAAUUGUGUGAAACACGUAAUUAUAUAUAGUUGUAGGUAACAUUUACUUAAUGACUUCAUGUGCAAUAUAUUUUAUGUCCGUAAUUUGGAGACAAAAAGUCCUACGUAACGCAGAAAUAAAUAACGCAACACACCUAAACUAAACCAUGCAACACGCGAGCAUCAAACAAUCUAUUUAUAACAGUACACUAAUGUUUCCUACCUUUCCAAAGAGGGACAAAUGGUGCGGCUCAGUUAUCUUAUUAAAAUCUAACAGGUGAAACUGUGUUGUCAGAGCAAGUGUCUCUGUGUGUUAAAUAUAACGCUGUAAUGCAGCGGUUACAUUUCUGUUUUCGUUUAUAAAAUUAAACGAGAAAACCCAUCAAAUUGGUUUAUAACAGUUGCGAAUGAAAUGCAAAGACGAAGGGUAAAAAUACACACAUGCAAGAAAAAUUUGCAAACAAAAUAAUUAAAACGUAUACAGACAUACGUGUUAGAGACAGCCAGUUUGUGUUAACGCUUUUACGUUGCACCCGGCGAGGUGGUCUUCAAAUUUUAUUUUUUAUCAUCUCAGUUAAUGUUCGGGUUCGUUUUCAAUUUAUUUCUAGGUCUAAAUGGGCCCAGACAGAUGCAAAUUGACACUUACAAAAUAAAAAACUUAAACGAACAUAAAGUACAUAUGUUUUCCGAAACGUCGCGUCGUACGUCAACAAAAAGCAGCGUCCGUUGUAAAAUUAUUCUCGAACCGUCCUAAUUCGAAUAUUCUAAAAUAUACCAAUAAAUAAUAAAAGAUAUUUCUUUCAUAUCCAAUAAGAUAUUCAACAGAACGCAUAUGUUUUGUUGGUGCAUUACAACGUAAUUUAUUAUCAAAAGAUGUACAGCAUCCGUUACUCGCCUUGCUAUAAAAGCAGUUAAACAGUAUAGCAAGUGCUUGCGAUACAUGUGCACAGAAACGAUAGAGUUCUUCGCGGGGAGUGUUUGUUGUGUUAGCGGUGGUAGCAGUUUUAAAGGUUUGACUCGGGGGACAAGUGAAGGUGGCCAUGUCUUGUCUGAUACUGAUAACAUACAUCACGUAUUGUGAAUAUAAUAGUUGUGCUCCGCGAAAUGGAUUCUCUUCAAGAGUUGUUCAGUGGCGGCGGCGAUAAUUGGUCGGUACAUUCGGGGCGCGAAAGUAGCCGCGACGAAGGCGACGUUUCAUCGGUCGACUCGACAACUCCGCCUCCUCAGCCUCUACUGGGCAACGAAAGCCAGUUACAGGGUGAAGAUAAAGGCAAAAGCGCGAACUCGAUAAGAGCACAAAUCGAAAUUAUCCCCUGCAAAGUGUGUGGCGACAAAAGCAGCGGUGUUCACUAUGGUGUUAUCACGUGCGAAGGGUGUAAGGGAUUCUUCAGGAGGUCACAAAGUUCGGUGGUGAAUUAUCAGUGUCCGCGGAAUAAGAACUGUGUAGUGGACAGGGUGAAUAGGAACAGAUGUCAGUAUUGUCGGUUACAAAAGUGUCUUCGGCUGGGAAUGAGCAGAGAUGCCGUAAAGUUUGGUCGGAUGUCAAAAAAGCAAAGAGAAAAAGUAGAAGACGAAGUAAGGUUUCAUAGAGCACAACUGAGAGCACAAAGUGAUUCCGCACCCGACAGCUCCGUCUUCGAACAGACGCCAUCGAGUAGCGACCAAUUACACUAUGGUUACAAUGGAGGGUACGCCUACAACAGCGAGGUCGGUACCUACACGCCAACAUAUUACACGAGUACAAGCCAAGUGCCGGCCAAUUCGAUGGGCUACGACAUCUCCGCCAACGAUGUAGACAGUACAACGGCGUACGACCCUCGGCCGGGUCUCGAUAACCUCAGCGAAACGGGCAGUCUUAUGACGAACGUCGUGACGACAGGGAACACUAACACAAGUAGCAGUGGUAAUGGUAGCGGUGGUGGUAGUGGUAAACAGGGCUUGACAAUAUCGGAAUCGCGCCCGUUCAAGCGACUGACGCAAACGUCGUCGCCGAGUGCCGCCUCCUCGAUGUCCGGAGGCACGAUGGUGUCGGUCAAACAGGAAGGGUCAUCGUCGACCCAGGACACCGUCGUGCCCAAUUACGUAGAUAGUACCACUUUCGUUAACUCACCUAGCGUACAACAACAAUCAUCUGUCAGGCAACAACAGACCGGAUCGCAAAGUCUACAGCAGAGGAAUUCCGAAGAUUCCGAUACCGUUUCUUUGCCCAGAAGUUUUGAACUUGCGAUAUUGAGGAUGUCCAGGUAUAUGGAUUUGUCACAGAACUGUGUACUGUAUGGUGACACAAUGCUGCCUCAGGAUGCGUUUUUCACUUCGGACACCGCCGAAAUGAAAUUGGUUACGUACGCCUACAACAGCGAGGUCGGUACCUACACGCCAACAUAUUACACGAGUACAAGCCAAGUGCCGGCCAAUUCGAUGGGCUACGACAUCUCCGCCAACGAUGUAGACAGUACAACGGCGUACGACCCUCGGCCGGGUCUCGAUAACCUCAGCGAAACGGGCAGUCUUAUGACGAACGUCGUGACGACAGACCCAAGUCAAAUAUCCGAACUUUUGGCGAAAACGAUAUCAGACGCACAUGCCCGCACAUGUCUUUUCACGCUGGAUCACAUUCACGAGAUGUUCCGCAAGCCGAACGACCUCUCGCGACUGCUUUAUUAUAAGAACAUGGCCCACGAGGAACUUUGGCUCGAAUGCGCGCAAAAAUUAACCACCGUCAUACAACAAAUAAUCGAAUUCGCCAAAAUGGUACCCGGUUUUAUGAAGCUCUCGCAAGACGACCAAAUCGUUUUACUAAAAGCAGAUCGACCAGGAUUAAAAGGUGUUGGUGAAAUAGGUCGAUUAAGUCAAGCAGUGUUAAGAGCUUUACGUAUCGAGCUUGAAAAAAAUCAUCUACUCCCAAUUAAGGGAGACGUAACAGUUUGUGAUGCCUUGUUGACAAAAAUACCUACUUUAAGGGAUAUUAGUAUGCUUCAUAUGGAUGCUUUAGGAAAAUUGAAAAGAUCUGCUCCACACUUAGAAUUUCCAGCACUUCACAAAGAACUGUUCAGUGUGGACAGUUGAGACAGUUCACCUGUGCCCUCUCAACUUAGCCGAAAGCCUUCAGAAGCCACGAUUCCUUUAUACUGAAUGUAUUGGCCUUAAUUAUAUAGAUAACUUAAGUGAUGACGAAUAUAAAAGCUCUUGUUGUGACUAAUUUAGAAUGCAGAUCUCUUUCGUUUCGAUUUUCGUUAUAAUUUUUUUUUUAAUGAUAUUUCGUUGUUUUGUUUGGGGCGUUGCAAAGUGUCACCUACUCCCGGGCCCUGAUCACAAAGUACAACCGUUUGUUUGUUGUUUGUUAUACGACUGUAGUGGCCGCAUUGUUGAUUAUUGAACACUUGGUGCUGAUUUAUGUUGAAACGAAUGGUAAAACACGCUUUGUGACACCUCGAACCCCACAAAUACAACAUACAAAAUAUAAAUCGUUAUUACAUGUAGUAAUCUGCCACUUAACAUUAUUAAAAGUAAAACACAUAAAUAAACAAAUCUCUACACUAUAAAUAACAUAAUAUAUUUUAUAGUUGGA